CCUCGUCUGUUAGGCUGCGCAAAAACUGAACACCUCAACUCUCUCUGGUUUUCUGAUACGGCGACGUUCUCACUCGAUCAAUCGGAUCUUGCUUUUUCGUUGUUGGGUCAAUCCAAUUCCAAGCGAAAAAUGGUAGCUGCUGUCGACUCAUUCACCGCCAACACUUACGAAGAGGCUCGCAACCAACGCCUUGAAGAAAACAAAAGGAAGUUCCAGGAUUUGGGAAUUUCAAACAUUUCGAAGACUCUGACCCACUUGACUGCUUCUCCGAACAAGUCCCAGCAACGUGUUUCAAGACCCAAAGCAAAAAAUACCUGUUUUGAUUUAGAGCCAAGACGGUCUUCCCGUCAACGCAACCCAAUCCAAUCGUAUCGUGAUGAUGUUGACAUAGGCCUGCCAACUUUGAGGAAAGGGUCAAGGAAAACUUCAUCUUCAUGGGGAAGCUACCUUGCAAGGCCUAUAGAGGAAGUCAGAGCAGCUUCUUAUGAAGAAAGGAGUGCUGCUUUUAAAGCUGCAGAGAAGCUUCAAGAGAAUCUACAGACUGAGAAUCCAUCUUUUGUCAAAUCGAUGGUUCGGUCUCAUGUUUAUAGCUGUUUCUGGUUGGGGCUUCCUUCAAAAUUUUGCGAGGAUCAUCUCUCAAAAACGGGGUCGGAAAUGGUACUAGAGGAUGAAGAUGGCAAUGAGUAUGAUGCUGUCUACAUUGGCAAGAGAGCUGGGCUUAGUGGAGGCUGGAGAGGGUUUGCUUUGGAACACAAGUUGGAUGAUGGUGAUGCGCUUGUGUUUGAACUGACUGAACCCGCAAGAUUUAAGAUCUACAUAGUUAAGGCAUACCCCAUGCCGAGUCUAGAAUGUUUGAAAAACAACGUGGACAAAGAAGAGAUUACCAGUGCUGAAAAGACAUCAAAGGCAGCCAUGAAGACUGACUCAGAAUCAAAUCAGAAACGAAAGUCAAAGAGAGGUAUUGUGCCUGAGAUGGAUGAGUCUCAAACUUCCCCAGACUCAGAACCAAAUCAGAAACGAAGGUCAAAGAGAGGUACUGUGCCUGCAAUGGUUGACACAAAAACUUUCCCAGACUCAGAAUCGAUUCAGAAACGAAGGUCAGAGAGAGAUGUUGUGCCUGUGAUGGAAGACUCAAAAACUUCCCCCGUCUUGGAACCAAAUCAGAGACGAAGGUCAAAGAGAGGUUUGGUGCCUGAGAUGGAUGACACAAAAACUGCCCCAGACUCAGAACCAAAUCAGAAACGAAGGUCAAAGAGAGGUUUGGUGCCUGAGAUGGAUGACACAAAAACUGCCCCAGACUCAGAACCAAAUCAGAAACGAAGGUCAAAGAGAGGUACUGUGCCUGCAAUGGUUGAUACAAAAACAUCCCCAGACUCGGAAUCAAUUCAGAAACGAAGGUCAGAGAGAGGUGUUGUGCCUGUGAUGGAAGACCCAAAAACUUCCCCUGUCUUGGAACCAAAUCAGAGACGAAGGUCAAAGAGAGGUAUGGUGCCUGUAAUGGAUGACACAAAAACUUCCCCAGACUCAGAAUCGAAUCAGAAACAAAGGUCAAAGAGAGGUAUCGUGCCCGAAAUGGAUGACACAAAAACUUCUCCAAAGGUUCUGCCAGAUAGCCCCAAAGGUCAAGAAAUUGAACAGGAAGUCAGCCCGAUGAAGAAGAAUGAAGUUGCUCCUAAACAAAUUAGAAAGAAAGCUAAAGCAAACAGAGUUCGUAGCACAGAAAAUCCAGAAGGUUGCGAAGUACAGGAAGCAAACACAGAAAGUCCAGAAGGUUGUGAAGUCAAACAGGAAGCAAGCACAACUGCGACGGAUAGUAGAGUUGUUAAAGAUGAGAAGGAAUGUGUAGCUAGGAAACCCAGAAAGAAAGUUGUAAAGGAAAGGCUUUUCCGAAAGAGAGCAUAGCGGUAGAAGGCUUUAUAACUUGCUUGACAUCCCAACCUUCGGUUUACGAGGCGAAGUGUUUCCAAAACAGAACGGACUUCAAAUUCUGUUCGCAGUGUACUUGUUCCAUUUCUUCGGGUCUUUAACUUUCUAAUUUUUGAAAUAGCCUUGACAAAACUUGAAACUUAAUACGGCAUGCAAGGAGGCAAUCCAUGACGGUUCAAUCAAAUUGUUUAAUUUCAAACUGAAAACACCAGCACUAUGGUCUAAGGGGACUAUUUCUGUUAUAUGCGUGGUUAACACCGUUAAAACUAUAACAUUAAAAACUCUAUCCAGCAAAAGAUCUGUAGCCUGUGAUUCAAGUACUUCCAUUGCAUGAGAAACUGUAAAUUUAUUGUUGAUAUAUAUAUAUAUAUAUAUAUCAUUACCAGAUA